AUGCCAAAGAGAAAGAGCUUGACUGGCAGAGAAAAACGCCAGAGAGAUAAAGAGCGCAAGAGGGAAAAGAGGCAGGAGCAGUCCUUGUCACCACCAGAUGCUAGACCUGGUGAUCCUCCUCAAGAUUCUGCUGUCCCGGCUGGGGCAGUAGCUGGAGCUAUCUCAGCUCCACCCGGUAAUUUUCCGGGGCAAGGCUCUAUAGGGUUGCCGCCUUUUGAGGAAAAACCCUUGGCCAGGUUGCAGGCCUCUCUUCGCGAGAAAAUGCAACCAACUGCCCUGAGUAACGCAUCUUCUCAGGGAAGUCGUCUGUGUGCCCAAAACGGAGGCAUGGCACCGUCCCCUGACUCCCCACCGUGGGUUUGUACCUCGCCGAGGGUACCUGAGCCGGACACCGUGCACGUGUCUGGCUCAGCAGGUCAGGCGCAGCUGGAUAUGUCAUCCUCUCAGGGGGAUGAGUCCAGCAGGAUAUUGAUUGAUGCAAACCAGAGUAAAAGAACGAGAUCUAAAAAGGAUACUAAAAGGAAUUUACAUGAUGAAAAUGAGAAUAUAGAGAAUGUAUAUGAGAGAUAUAAAUCAGAAUGUAGAAUUGGAAGACUGUGUACUGGUGAACUUGGUGUUGACUGUGCUUGUGGUAGUAAAGAUGGACCAGUAACAUUGAAAGAGGUAUGUAUUCAAGGGUCUUUUCAUCAAGGUGACUUAAUGUUUGGUGAAAAUGCAGGAACACAAUGUGUUGCAAACUCUUUAGCAGCUUUAGCAUACCAUAAAGUAAAGAAUUCUAAUCAGUGGCAAACUUCAGAUAUGAAUAAAGUGUUAGCAACAGGAGAUGAGCUUUAUACGUACUUGCAGCGUAGUUCAACCAUUGUCAGUAGGUAUCUUUUUGUGAAUGAGUUGCCUCAAUUUUUUGAGUGUUUUAAUACAACGUUUGAGUUCAAAGCAUGCGAAUCUUUAUGCAGCCUAAUAAAUUUGUCAGAUGUAGAACCAAACUAUGAUGAAUUUAAUGCAUAUUCACUCACAGAUGCAUUGCAAAUUGGUCUUGGAGAAACAAGUGGGUGUUUUGUAUGCUUCAAGGGAAAUACUUUUUUGGUUGGAAAAACAGAGGAUGGCUUCUUUACAUUUGAUCCACAUUCACGAUCACAAUCGGGGUGUAUGAUUGUUAGUGGAAGGAGUACAAGGAUACUGUAUCAAUCAGUUGAUGAUAUUUACAAUCACAUCUUGUCCUUGGCUAUCUCAAUGGGAAUUUCUGGAAUUACUGAAUGUGAAAUUACAGGUGUUGAUUGUUCAGUUAGCCAGUUUGCAACAACUGAUAAACAUGUUAUUGAAAUUGAGCCAGGAAAAUACACUCAGCAAAAUAAAGACUUGAAUUUAGCAGUUAAAGAAAACAGAGACCUUUUGACUGCAAAUGUUCAAUCAGAUGCUAAUGGUUUUCAGUCAGUUGCCAAUGAUGAUGUUGAACUCAUCUGCAGUGAAAGUCAUAGUAUUAGCUUUCUGCCACUUUCUAACUCUGUGAAGUUACAGCUUUGUCAGACCCUGGGAAUACCACAUUCAGGUACAAAUAGUAAUGUUGAACAGGAUUGCUUUGUGCAAGAAGCAGGUGCACCUACUGAAUGCGUUGAAAUUGAAGGGGAUGGAAAUUGUUUUUUCAGGGCCAUUUCACUUUGUUUGGUUGGAGUAGAAGAUCAUCAUUAUGCAAUACGAUCAGCAGUGUGUAAACAUCUACUACAAAAUAGAAUAUUGUUUGAAGCUUUUGUAAGAUCUACAGAAAGUUCUGUUGAAAAUCACUUGAAUUUAACAGGAAAACAGGUAGAACCUAUGAAUGUUCAAAGCACAGGGUCAUUUUAUUUAGUUCAUCAGGAUCAGAAUCAUUACAAUGUAGUGGUGACAGUUAUGGAGAAAGAAACGGUUUGUUCCAAGAAAAAUAAUUCCCAUUAUGUUGGCAGGAAAAGCAACAGAGAAAGAAGACGUAGAAAUCGAAAUCAUAUGAGGGAAGUGCCAAAGGCAAAACAGAAGAGCUUGGAAGCUAGUAAAAGGAAAUAUGUAAUAGAUGAUGUCCAUAAACAAUACAGGAAGAGAAGAAGUAUUGAGAAAUAUAGGCUAGAUAAAGUACAUAGAGAGGAUGUUAAACAAAGAAGUAUAGAUAAGUACAAGAAAGAUAAAAAACACAGAAAAGAUGUAAAACAAAGAAGUACAGAGAAAUACAGGAAUGAUGAAGUACACAGAGAGGGUGUAAAACAAAGAAGUAUGGAAAAGUACAUGAAUGAUGAAGCACACAGAGAAGUGAAAAGUGCACAGAAAGGAUGUAAAACAGAGAAUGCUACUGAGAAAAAGAAGAAGAAGGAGAAUGUUCUGAAUCAGAGACGAGCCCUAAAAGUAAAGUUGGAAGAUGAAGAAGAAGUUGUGAAAUUGUUUAAGGAAAGUGUGAGAGAUGGCCCAGACUACAUAUGUUGCUGUUGUAAUCGUUUACUGUUUGAACAUCAAGUCCAACGAUGCACACUUGAAAUGUAUGAGAAAAGACAUGGAGCUUAUCAAAUUGCACAGAAUUGUAUACAGAAAAAAUACUCUCAUGAUUGUACUCUGUUUUGUCCAGUGCAUUGCCCCAAGUCAUCAUUGUGGAUAUGCUUUACUUGUCAUAGGAAAAUAUUGAAUGGGAAAAUUCCAGCAGAGGCAGCUGUCAAUAAAAUGUCAUUAGAGGAAAUUCCAUGCGAACUUAGCAGUUUAAACAGUUUGGAACAGCAUUUAAUUGCUUUGCAUAUUCCCUUCAUGAAAGUGAUGGCUCUUCCACAAGGUGGUCAAAGGAAUGUACAUGGGCCUGUUGUUUGUGUGCCAUCAAAUAUGGAAAAGGCAACAGCUUUACCAAGAAAUGGGGAUGACAAUUUAUUGUUAAGAGUUAAGCUAAAACGAAAGCUAGCGUACAAGGGCUAUUACGAAUACCAAUUUGUUAAUCCAAAUCAUGUUAACAUGGCUCUUGAUUAUUUAAGGAAAGAAAACAUAUGGUAUAAAGACCUAGUGAUAAAUACCUUGUGGGAAGGAAAUAGUGACCAAAAUGACUUGCUAUUUAAUGAGACUCCUGAAUUUGUAGAUGAAGAAGUGAAAGAAGAUGAGAGAGAUGAAAAUCCAGUUGCUACUGACACAUGUUUACAGCCAGUAGAUGUGGCACAAGAAGUUCUUGAUCAUUACUUUGAUGACGUUUACAAUAUAGCACCAGGUGAAGGGAAAAAUCCAAUCCGAAUGUUGCAAGAAGAAGGAAACGAAGCAAAAUCAUUUCCACAUUUAUUUCCAAGUGGCAACUUUUCUUGGAAUGAAGAUCGAGAUGUAAAAAUAACCUUAUCAAGAUAUUUUAACAACAGACUUAUGAAUGCUGAUAACAGAUUUGCUAAGGACACAAAUUACAUCUUCUUUUCUCAAUACAUGUCAGAAUUGAACCAAGUAAUUGAGAAAACACAAAUUUCAAUUCGAAAGUCUUUAUCAAAGCUUGAUAGUGGAAAUGCAGUAACAUCUGAAAUGUUACAGAAUCCUGAUGUUCUCUCAAAACUCUUGAGGAAUGAUGAGGCUUUACGAUUUAUGCAACCUAUUCGAGGAACACCUGCAUAUUGGUCGGCUUCUCAGAAAGAUCUAUUUGCUAUGCUUCGACAGUUAGGCAUCCCAACAUGGUUUUGUUCAUUUUCUGCAGCUGAAUUCAGAUGGAACGAAAUAAUUGGAUCGAUUUUACUUCAAGAAAAUGAUUCUAGAGCACCUUCUGAUUUAGACUGGUCAGAAAAGAGUCAAAUUUUGAGAAGCAAUCCAGUUACUGUUGCCAGAAUGUUUGAACAUAGAUUCCAUAUGUUUCAAAGACAUGUAAUAUUGUCACCCUCAAAACCAAUAGGAAAUGUUAUUGAUUUCUUCGUUAGAGUAGAAUUUCAACAAAGGGGCUCUCCACACAUGCACUGCUUGUACUGGGUUGAGAAUGCACCAAAAUUUGAUGAAGAUGAUGAUAACACUGUUUGCAAUUUCAUUGAUAAAUACAUCACAUGUGCUAUACCUGCUGAAAAUGAUGACCAAGAGCUGCGGGAAAUUGUGUUAGGUGUUCAACAACAUAGUAAGAACCAUUCAAAAUCAUGUAGGAAAAAGGGUACAGACUGUCGAUUCCACUUUCCAAGACCACCAUCAGAAAGAACCUUUAUUACAAGACAAUGUGAGGAAAAUGAAGAGGACUCUGAGAAAUUCGACGGAUUGAGUAAAUCUCAGGCUAAAGAUAUUUUGAUGCAUGUUUGGAAUGAAGUUCUUGAUGAUGUGAAUGAAGGCAAAACUGCAGAGGAAAUAUUCACUAAGAUGCAAUUAUCACAGGAUACUUACGAAAGGGCACACAGGGUAUUAUCUGCAAAAACAAGUACUAUCUUGAAACGAAAUCCUGAUGAAAUGUGGACAAACCAAUACAACGCAUGCCUUCUCAAAUGCUGGGAUGCCAAUAUGGACAUACAGUACAUUCUUGACCCAUUUAGCUGCAUUGUUUACAUAAUUUCAUACAUAUCCAAGUCAGAACGUGAAAUGGGAAUGUUGCUGAAACAAACUCAAGUAGAAUCUGCAGAGGGAAAUUUAAGUGCUCGUCAGACAAUAAGAAAAAUUGGAUCAGCUUAUCUUAAUCAUAGAGAAGUGAGUGCCCAAGAAGCAGUGUACAGAGUUUGUAAUCUAAAAAUGAAAGAAGGAUCUAGGAAAGUAGUGUUUGUUCCUGUUGGUGAAAAUCCGACUAGAUUAAGUAAACCCCUUUCACAAAUGAAAAGAACAUGUAAGAACGAAGAUGAUAUGGAAGAUGAUGACGACAGUAUUUGGAUGACAAAUAUAGUGGAGAGAUAUGAAAAUCGUCCUGAUCUACAUCCUUUUCCUGAAAUGUGCCUUGCAGAAUUUUGCUCAGAGUAUCGUGUUUUGGCAAAAUCUCAAAUUCCCAAGGGAGUAAAAGAAGGCGUUUAUGAAUUGAAAAAUGGAAAUGGUUACAUUCAGAAAAGAACAAGAGCUAAGCCAGCCGUAGUAAGAUAUCCAAGGUUCAAUCCUGAAAAUGCAUCAGAAAAGUAUUAUCAGUCAAUACUACAGCUUUUUCUUCCAUAUUGGACCCAAGAUCAAUUGAAACCGCCUGGAUUCAAGUUUUAUCAGACAUUUUACGAAGAGGGGUUUGUCAGAAUUGGAAAUGAAUUCAAAUUACAGUCUGUCAGGAUUGUGGUUGAAAACAAUCGUUGUAAUUUCUCAAAGAAUGAGGAUGCCCUUGAAAAUGCUCAGGAAACUCUAGAAGUUUAUGGUGAACCUGAAGAUGCUUGGGCUAACCUUUGUCCAGAAACUGAAAGAAAUAGAGAUGAAUGUCUAAAUGAAAAGAGGAAAACAGAACAAUCAGAAAACAAAGAACAAGAAAUCACUCAUGAAAUUGAACAUGAUGGCCCUUCAGAUUUGAUAUACCAUAUUAGGGAAAAUUCAAACUCAAGGCAAGAAAUUGUGCCUUUAUUGCGAAAUUUAAAUGAUAAACAAAGACAAGUUUUCUACAUAGUUCGCGACUGGUGCUUGAAAAAAGUAGCUGAGAGGAAAGUAGAACCAUUACAUAUCUUUGUUACUGGAGGUGCAGGAACAGGAAAAAGUCACCUGAUAAAGACUAUACAGUAUGAGGCCUCUCGAAUUUUUGAGAAAAUUGUUUCAUCUCCUUCAGAUUUAUCUGUUCUUCUCACAGCUUUUACUGGAACUGCUGCUUUCAAUAUUGGGGGAAACACAAUUCACCACGUAUUUUCUUUAACCAAAGCUCUACCCAUUCCAUACGAACCCUUGAAAGAACAGAGUUUGAGUGCAAUGAGAGCGAAGUUAGCUUCUCUACAGAUUUUAGUAAUCGAUGAAGUCUCAAUGGUGUACAAACGACUUUUGUAUUACAUUCAUGAACGACUGGUACAAAUCAAGAAAUGCAAGGAACCUUUUGGUGGUAUUUCUGUAAUAGCAGUUGGAGAUUUUUACCAACUACCUCCUGUGAAACAACGAAAGUUGGAAAUACUCUACAAACAAAAUGAUGAAUAUCCCAUAGACUACUGGUUAGACUUCUUCAAAAUUGUUGAGUUAGAAGAAAUAAUGAGACAACGUGACGAUGCUGCAUUUGCUACAGUUUUGAAUUCACUACGGAUCAGAACGAUAGAGGAACCACUUUCAGAAGAGGCGAAAACAAUGCUAAAAGAGUGCAUCAGAGAUGGACCAGAUGAAGUACUGCAUGUGUAUCCUACAAAUGAAGAAGUAAAUGAAUAUAAUCUAAAGAUGUUGCAAACAAGUGGUGAAGAAUUGAUAGAGAUAUCUGCGGAAGAUUAUCAAAAAGAUAAUACUACAGGAAAGCUGACUUUACGCGAAAAACCCUUCAUGCGAACAAGAACAGAUGGGCUCUCUGCUUCUUUGCUGUUUUCUGUGAAAGCUAGAGUUAUGCUGACAAGAAAUAUCAAUGUGGAAGACGGACUUGUGAAUGGUGCGAUGGGGCAUAUUUCAGCUUUUCAUUUUGGACAAGCUCAGCAAAAAAAUAGGGUAGAAGGGAUUAAAAUUUUGUUUGAUAGUGAAGAUAUUGGAAAGCUGCAAGGGAAAAAGACACCACAUGGAAAUGAAGUAUUGAUUCAAAGAAUACAAGAAGACAUCAAGGAGAAAAAUUCAAAGAACGUUGUACGACAUCAGUUUCCCUUGAAACUCGCUUGGGCAUGUACAGCACAUAAAGUUCAAGGCAUGACAACAAAGAGUGUUGUUGUUAAUUUGGAUCGUACAUUUGCUCCAGGACAAGCAUAUGUUGCUGUCAGCCGUGUCACUUCACAAAAUGGUUUAUUCAUAGAAACAAAAGAUGAAAAGGCAUUACUGAGAAAAAUUUACGCUAAUCCAGACAUAAAGGCUGCAUUGUGUAAGAUGGAGAAAUUAGUCCCAGACCAGGAUUAUCUGAACUGCUAUGAUGAUCAAACCUUAAAAACAAUUGUUUUACUUAAUGUGCAAAGCUUAAGAGCACAUUUUCUUGACCUCAAAAGUGAUACAAGAUUCCUCAAAGCAGACCUUAUCUGUGUCACUGAAACAUGGUUGACAGACAAUGAUAGAAUACAAAAUUUUGAAAUUGAUGACUUUAAAUUCAACCAUAUAACAAGGAAGCAGUCAUAUGAUGAAAGUAUGGACAGUUUUGCUAAACUUCGAGUGUCCAAAGGAGGAGGGGUAGGUGUUUAUAAGAAGAGAAACGAAAAAGCUUUGGUUAAUGUUUUAUUUCAGAAAAAUAUCGAGGGCAUGGCAGUAGAACUUUGUAAGGAGGACACGGUUAUCAUCAUAGUAUAUCGACCAAGUUCUCUCAAUGUCAGUUUGUUCCUUGACUCCCUUCAGAGAGUUGUAGAUUUUUAUAAAGUAUUGUUUUCUCAAUGCCUUAUACUUGGUGACUUCAACGAAGAUGCACAAUCCAAAGGACCAAUUCAAAGAAUGUUAGAAAACAGUGGAUUUAAACAGAAAGUGAACUUUGCAACAACAGAUGGAAAUUCAAUGUUAGAUCAUGUUUACAUUACAGAUGAGAUGGAAGCAAGAGUAGAGGCCAUGUCAGUAUAUUACAGCUAUCAUGAAGCUGUUAAAGUUUAUUUAAGAACAAGGUAG